CAUAAGAUGGCUAAUUUUCUUUAGUUUCGUUUACAUCCUAAUUCCAUGGAUUUCGGCUUAUUAGUAAGCAAAUGUGUAAACUCAGUGAUCCCGCGGUUCGACACUACCGGUGGUGCUAUUGCAUGAUACAGCUCGUCGAGAACUAUAUGAACGCGCUAUGUCAUCCGUUGUUACUGGUCGAAAGUGAUCGCAUACGCUUAAUAAUUAAAAGUUUCGGUGAUUUCUUUCAAACGAACCCGCGCGACAGAGAGAGACCAACGUUUUAAUCCUGUCUUGGUACAUGUUUCAACGUGUUUUUCAUGCACAAUGGUUGUUGAGAAUGGUGAAUCUUGCGUCCUAGAAUGGACUGGGUAUUCGAGAUACGUUGCCGAGAAGUUCAGUAGUCUAUUAGCGUGCCAAGCACUUGUCGACGUUACACUCGUCUGCAAGGAAGGAAGCUCCGUGCUCACAAGUUAUAAAAACCAGAACUAGUUAUAUUUUUGAAAGAUUUAUGCUCUGAAAUCUUGAAGGCCAUGGUUCAAUUCAUGUAUUGUGGAGAAACUAGAAUUCCUCAUCAGUUAUUGUCACCAGUGUUAACUGCCACUAAAAAGACAUUCAAGGUAAAAGAGCUGACAACCAUGGUCGAUGCCAUGAUGACCAGUAGGUUGAACGCAGGAAAUCUUAAAGCAAUCAAAAACAUGGACAAAGAAGUUCUUGAAUCGAAGAUAACAGAUUACAUGUAUGUAGAAUGCAACAAGCUUCUUAAAGAUGAUAAGUGUUUUUGUAAUGAAGAUGAUGGCGAUAGCAACAUUAGCAGCAGCAACAGCAAUGAUGUGAAGUCAAGUGAGAAUAUUUCGUUAGAAUAUAAUGCGUCGAGCGAUCCUGCUAACGAGGAAUCAGAACACAUGCCUUACGUAGAAGAGUCGCAAGAUUCUGAGUCUAACGUAGAGGAAACUAACGCAUUAUUUUCAAUAGCGAAUUCAGCUGCGGAAAGAAGCAGAGAUUCGAGCCAGUUGGUAGGCCAGAACGUAGGUAGUAAAAAUGUACCGACGACGACGACAAACGGGUGCUCGAAAAUAAAUAACAAGACACCGUGUAACACGAACAAUGAUGAUUCGAAGUCCGUGUUGUACGAACAAUGCUGUGAUCUUUCAGACGUCGACGAGACGUGUGACGAGAGUUCCGAUAUGUCACUAUCUGCUGAAUCUUGUCUUAAACAAAUGGAAAGAGAUUUUGCACGAUACAAGUUCGAAGGUACCGAUGUUCCUAGUAGUAAAUUAGGAAAAUUCGUUAAGGUUUAUACGCACAAAAGACGCAAGUCUAUAGAUGAAAUAAAAACUAAACUUACAGAUGUGAAUGUGAACGUGAUUCAUAGUCCGCUGUCGACCGAUUGCAUAGACUUAUUAGAUGAACCGUCCACUGAUACCGAUAUACCGGUUACACUUUUAACCUCGCUAGAUAUCGAAAGUGCCGAGUAUAUCAUAAGCUUAAGUACCGAAAAUAUUCAGUCGAUAGUAGGAGCUACUCUGACUCGUGAACCUCGCGAGCCUUGUAUGGUAAAUACGCAUAAGAAACUAAAAAUUAUUGAAAACGUUACAAACGAAGAAAGUAAGGAGGAAGAGGAGGAGGAGGAGGAGGAGUCGAGGAGAACGACGACAAAGAACACGGAGACUUCGAACUGUACAAAGCCGAUAUUACGAAGAAGCUCGCGACUAAACCAACAGGAAGUAGAAACAAUUGUGAAUAACAAUGAAACGGAUCCUAGUGAGAAAUCGAAUAUUAAGAAAUCGAAUUCCUCGAACACGAGCACGGAAACGGAAUUAUGUAUUAAGAAGAAACGUAAUAAAAUAAAAGAUGCCGAUCGUAAGGUUCCCGAGCAGCAACAGCAGCAGCAGCAGGCGAAGAAACCAUUGAACCAUCCCCGUAAAAAUUCCAAGCUGAUCGUUAAGAAGAAUAAAUGUACAAAAGAAAAGAACGAGCAAGCGAUUAGAGAAGAGAAUAAAUUCAAGUACGAUACAUCGGAAAACAACUCGAUCUUCGUUUCGCCUAAAUUAAAUACGAUAGAGCACAUAAGUCGCGCGUUGUGGGGCGACAUGUCUGAUUUUUCAGAAGACUGUAAUAUUCAUUUCUUGGAAUACAAUACUCCGAAUACAGAGAUUCCGUUCGCUGUUGGUUUAUUGCCUCUGCGUACUGCUUUGGAAAAGAUGCAAGCAACACCGGAUUAUCAGCCACGCAAAACCCGUUCGUCGGUAGCUAUAGCCGCGCCGGUAAGACAGCAGCAGGAUAUCGUAGGUAGUUUUAAAAAGAGACGAUUGAAUUCUUACAUCGGUGAUACAAAAGAAAACGCGAAAGCGGUCUGUCAUAUUCAAAUUAGGACAGCACCGUCGCAGUAUGUGCGAAACCGUAAGAAAUAUCUACCAACAGAUAUUAACAAUACGUUAGAAUCACCAAUUAUUAUGAAUAAGCAUUGAGCAGCUUUUACGAAUGCUAUUACGAUACUGAACACACCCAUCUCCUGCUCUAUUUAAAAGUGGACGUUAACGUUAAGAUGAUAGAUAUAAAAAUAGUUUUGUUUAUUACAUUUUUACAUUUAUAUAGAUAAACAGCUGAAUUUAGUACUUCAUAACACUACUACUUACCCAGCCGUUCGAUCGCAGUGUCACAUGCAUGGAAUAAAGUUCUAACUUUUUCGUGUUUUUUUCGUUCACUGCAAGUGUAUACGUACACCGACAUCGAUCAUCCGUUCGCUGCACAUAAAUCGAUUUCUGUGUGUGUGUAGACUAGAAAACUUUAUUCUUCUUCUAGAAUCAUAUAUAGUUCAUUUUUCUUCAAGAGUGGUUCGUUGAUACAGGCUGAUCCUCAUACUCCCAUCAUUUAAAAGAACUAAAGGUGGUGCGAUCUUCGUGUUCACUCGAUAGAAAAGCAAAAUAAUAAUAGAACGAUUAUUUACGUGCCCCACGAAUUUGUCCAAACGAAUGUCCAUGAUAAACUAAAUUGUAUAUUUGUAAUUUCACUUGUUCAUGCUUAUUGCAUUCUAUAACACAUAUGUAUUUGUAUAAGAAAUAUUUUACGCUAGUUUAAUUUAGUAUAGCGGCGGACAAGCGAAGAAAGAGAAACUGAAAUUGAUAAUAACUCAGUGUAACGAUUUGCACACUACAGAAGCAGUAACUGUUAAACUUUCAGCGGACUUUUAAACGUUUCUUAAGAAUAAUGAAACAUAUAUUCUCUAUACAUGAGUCGAACUCAAUGAUAUUUACAUUCACCAGUACGAUAUUCGUUCCGUUUUACAGUAUUUACUAACUACCGCAGUAAACAGUUGCUGCUAUACGUAUAUACAAUAAUAUAAAUAGAUUGCCCAUUGCAAUAAUAUACAAAUAUUUUUUACAUAAAUUUAUGUAU